AUGGUUUUUGCGGGGCAGAUGGACGAGUUCAACCGGAGAUGGGGCUUCUUUAUCAGUCGCCAUCCAUGGUCUCACAUCGUCUUCAGCCUUUUCAUGAUUGCCGCAUGUGGAGUCUGGAUUAAAAAUUUAAGAAUCGAAUUGGAUAUUCGGGUAUCUUUUUCACCGACCAAUUCCAAAGCCGCAAUGUAAGUUGGAAGAUGAUUUUAAAGUUUUCAUUUUUUUGUAAUGGUGACUUUAACAAUCUAAAUUCCUUUCAGAGAAAACAAAAUUUACAAAGAGUUCUUCAAUUUGACAGCCUCUCCUCAGCGGUCUUUUAUCCUACUCUCAGCCAAGGACGGAGGCUCUGUCUUGAGGCCGCAAUGUCUUAAAGAUAUUUUAAAACUGGACAAAAGUUUCUCCGGAUUUCUCCACGAGAUUGAUGGACUUACUGGACUAAGACAGUGUGAUCCACUGUGCAAUCUUAACCGACCAUUCCAUCUGAUCGCUGUAAGUUUGGCUCAUAUUAUCUGCAGUAUUGUUUUAGGACCAUUUAUUAUCCGAAAAUACGAGUCGAAAAGGGUUUUUGCUCGACUUUCCCAGCGCUGAUUUCAAUGGGAUUGAUGUGUUCGUGGGGAUGAAUCUGGCUGGCGCCACAGUUUCUGGUAAGAAAAAUCAAAUCUCUAUCCAUUUCUCACCGUUUUCCAUAGUCUCGCGUAUCAGAGAGAUUCAGAAGUUCUUCCGAGGAUUCAGAAGUUUGUGACCUAUGGUAUUUUUCAGAUAACAUUUUCCCCCAAAACAACUCCAAGAUCACCUCAGUAAAGACGAUUAUUCUAUGGUAUUUUGCUCGAGCCGACUCUGUGUAUGGCAAACGCCGUCUGAGCGAGAAAACUUCGGAGAUCUUCCUUCUGGGACAGCAAGGGACCUUCCUCGAAAACGUGAAAUUUGAAAUCUUCGGAGACGAAAUUGCCAACAAAGAGAUGGUCCGUGGAGCCAUCGAAGCCACUGUCUUGAUGUCCAUUGGCUUUGGUUUACUCUCAAUUUUCGUUACCGCCACAGUUUAUCACAAGAUUGGGAAGAUGAGUAAAGUCUCUGUCCCCAUCGUUGUCUUCGCUUCUGUUCUCUGCCCUUUUUUGGGAUGUGUUGCGGCUUUUGGACUCUGCACUUUACUGGGGUUCCCAACUUACACAAUCAUGUGCGUGGUGCCUUUUUUGGUGCAAGGAGUUGGAGUGGACGAUGCCUUUUUAAUAUUACAAUCAUGGUCCCAGCAUCGAUCGAUUAAAUCGCUGGAUGAAAGAACGGCGAUGGUAUUUGCUCACGUCGGGCCAUCAAUUACGAUCACUUCGUUGACCAAUACUAUCGCUUUCGGAAUCGGAUUCUUUACUCCGACGCCUCAGGUAAAGCCUAUCAUUGCGUGUUUUUUGCGGUCUUGGUUCCAACAGACACAAUAACGACCAGUAAAAUUAUAAAAAAAUAUAUUUCAGAUGUCUCUCUUUUGUCUCUGCACCUCGUUUGCCCUCCUGUUCGAUUACAUCCUCACCUUUACCAUGCUGACCCCAGUAAUCUGCCUCUGUACCCCCACAGACGAGAAAAAAGACUUCUCCCCGCUAACUCCAGCCUUGGCCGACUCUCCCAACUCUUCUCAACGUCUGCCACGCCAUGUUCUCUGGUAUUCCAAGUUCAUUUGCUCGACCGAAGGUCGUGUUAUCGCAAUAAUUUUAUUUAUUGUCAUGCAUAUCUUUGCGUAUUGGGGUGUAGCCACAAUGAAGUCCUCGUUCGAGCCUUCCAAGGCGUUCCCAUGCGAUUCUCCAUUGGCCAAGUCAAUUGAUACUGUGAGAAGCGUUUUCAAUGAAUUCUUCCCGGUAAAUGUAAUUGUAAAUCGACCGCCGAACAUUGAGAAUGCGAUGGAGGUAAGUUGGAAAUUUUGGAUCGUAUUUUAGUCAUAUCUAAGUGUGAGCCAAAUUUCUUAGAAACUAUUAUACGUUCUAUUUUGAGUAUCCACAUACGUAUUUUUUAGCUGUCUUCAUUCUACGAGAUGGUAUCAGAGCUCGAGCAUCUUCCCCCUUCCUAUGGUCGAAAUCGAACUUUGCUUUGGUUGAGAGCCUUUGAGAAGUUUGAUUACGAAACUUCGCAACUCUUUGGAUACCUUGGCUACAACACUUCCAAUUAUUCUUUAAGUUAUACUAAUCUGGAUCUGUUUUUGGACUAUGCCGAUCAUCCAGCGUUUAUUAAGACAACAAGUAAAAAGUAAAAAAAAAUUUUAAAAUUAUAGUCAUCACUUGUGACAAUAACUUUCACACCUUGAUAAAUAAUAAUUUUUUCUUUCAGUGGUUCCCUAACAGUCUCUGCGUUCCAAUUCAGUUUCAUCACCAAAGGUCAAGCUGAAUGGGCCAAUCGGGCAGUGACUGAACAACAAGCCCGAGAGAUUAUUUCGAGAUAUCCCCAGUUCAACGCCACUAUCUAUGAUGGAGAUAGUGCUAUUCUAGACCUUUUGCUGACUGUAAAAAUGGACUUGAUCGGCUCCAUGGCGGUUACGGUGGCGUGUAUGACAAUCAUCUGCUCAGUCUUUAUCCAUAAUCCAGUUGCUGUUGCCUUGGUGGCUGUUACAAUCACUUCUGUUUGCUUUAGUAAGGAUUGAGAUUUAGUAUUUUAUCAUUCUUCAUCAAAUGAUAACCCAAUUCAAUUAUUUAUUACGCUAUAAUGCCACUGUUUAGCUCUGGUCGGCCUUAUCUCUUGGUGGGGCGCUGAUCUGGACCCAGUAACCAUGGUCGACGUCCUCCUCGCUACCGGCUUCAGUGUGGACUAUACAGCCCAUAUCGCCCAUCAAUAUUAUAUAAAGCAAUACUCUUCCAAUUACCUUCGAAUUGCCCAUUCUAUCCACGAAAUGUCGGGUCCAAUGAUUCAAGCCGGGUUCUCCACCGUCCUCUGUAUGUUACCCCUGAUUUUUGUUCCAACUUAUGCGAUUGUGGCCUUUGCCAAGACAGUUUUUGCUGUGGUUGGAGUUGGUCUUUUGCAUGGUCUCUUUUUCUUACCUAUUGUUGUUUGUUGGGUGCCCUAUCGAUGGGGAGAAUGCUUCAAAAAAUCGAGGUCUGAGUUGAGUUCUGUCUCCGAAAACCCCUCAACGGAUUCAGCGCAGGCUUUACUCAAACCCUGA